AUGAAUAAUAUUGAAUUUUCACCCGAUUUGUCCGAAAUGAAAGGGCAAUACAAAAAUUCUAAAACUGAUAUUAUAAUUUAUGUUGAUAAUAACAAAGAAAAUGAUCUUAUUCAAUUCAUUAGCAAAGCACAACAACAAGGUUUUAAUUGUCUUGAUCUUUCAAAAAGAAAUAUCAAAGAAUUUCCUUCUCAACUUCUCGACUUUACAUCAUUGCAAUAUUUAUAUUUAGAAGGUAACCAAUUAACUCAAUUACCUAAUGACCUUUUUACUCGGUUACCAAAUUUAAAAUGGUUUGAUUUACGUAAUAAUCAAUUAACUUCAAUACCGAGUGAUGAUCUCGCUAAACAUAAUUUCCUUCAAUAUUUGUUAUUAAGUGGAAAUCAUCUUCGAACAUUACCUUGUGAACUUGGUAAAGUUAAAACAUUAUCAGCAUUAAAUCUUGAUGGUAAUCCAUUAGUUCAUCCACCAUUUGAAAUAAUUAAACAAGGUAUUAAAGCGAUACAACAAUAUUUAAGUGAUAAACUUGAUGCGAACAAUGAAUCAUUAUCAUCUGAUGAUAAUUUAGAUGAUGAUAAUGAUAAUGAUAAUAAUAAUAAUAAUAAUAAUAAUAAUAAUAAUAAUAAUAAUAAUAAUGAUGAUGAUGAUGAUGAUGAUGAUGAUCAACAACGAACAAAACAAAUUUCUUCUUAUCAUUCGUCACUACUCCAUAGAAAAUCUAAAUCUGAAACGGGCUACUACGAAACAACAUCUCUCAAUCUCUUACCUGCUCAUCUUCAAUCAUGUUUACAAUUCAAACGAAUGACUUAUUCAGCAACACGUCCUUCACCACCAAUUAGAUCACGGCCACAAUCUGAGAUGAGAUUAUCUCAAAUGAAAACAAAGACAAUAACGAAUAAAAAUAAUGAUCCAGAAAGAGAUAUUUAUACAUCUCAAGAGCGACCAUUUACGCAAUCGAGACAUCGUAAUAUAACAGUUGAUGAAGAAAUACAACAAUUAUAUACAAAAAGUCUUGUUCAAAGCAAAGAAUUUGAAGAACCGAUUGUACAAACACCAUUUCAUAUUGAUGCUCAUUUUGUACCAAUAAUGAAUAAAAAUCCACCAGAUAUGACAAGAUAUGAACGUCGACGAAACCGCUUAUCUAAAUAUUCUAUCAACGAAGAUGAAGACAACUUUAAACGUAUACGUGAUCAACAAAUUCAAGAUCGUAUUCGUCAAAUAACCGAUCAAAUGUUCAAACGUCGUUUCGAAGCUCGACAAAGUCUAUUUGAAGAAAAACGUCAAGUUAAACUUGAAUUACGUGAAUUACGUAGACUUGAGUCAGCAGGAACCCAACUCCGACCCAGGAGUCAAAUGAAUAAUCGUUUAAAAACAUUUUAUGACAAUGUUAAAUUUCAAAAACAAUUGUAA